AUGAAUUCGGAAAAUUUUGAUAAUCAGAUAUCGUCAGUUUUAUUUGUAAGAGCAUUGUAUGAUUUUGAUUCAAAGGACAAGUCAAGUCUUUCAUUCAAAAAGGAUGAUAUAAUACAAGUGCUAACGCGACUAGAGUCUGGUUGGUGGGAUGGAUUUUGUAAAAAUGAGCGCGGUUGGUUUCCCAGUAAUUAUGUUGCUGAAGAAACCGGAAUUUUCGGGGAUGAUGAUGAGUUUGAUUGGAUUCCUCAACAGACACCAGAUGGAGAGAUAUUUUAUUAUAAUACGAGGACAGGUGAAUCAUCUUGGGAAGUUCCAAUGGAUGAUUGUGAAUCUCUUACAACAACGCACACGGCAAGAGACACAAUCGAUGGUCUUGGUUCACUCUCAAUGCAAUUACCAGAGAAUUGGAUACCAAAGCUAAGCGAAGAUGGCAAUAAUUAUCAUUAUUAUAAUGUAAUAACUAAGGAGAUUAGUUUGUCUCAUCCUGGGGAUCCUGAUUAUGAGGAAUUAAAUUCACAUGUAGCACUUGUUGGAGACGAUUUGGGUUUAGAUGAUGAUAUUACUGAUAAAGCAAGUAUUGCAAGUUCAAAAGGUAGUCAGUUGAGUACAGCUUCAAUUGACACCAUACAACAAAGAAAUUUACAACAAAGACGAUCUAUUGAAAAUCUUCCACCAAAUUGGGAUACAAGAACUAUGCUUCAAGGGGGUGUGUAUUAUUAUAAUAAAUUAACAGAUGAGACAACUUGGAGUCUUGAUAAUAUUAAUGCUGAUGAUCAAAUAAUAAGGACAAAGUACAAUGGCAAAAGUGAAUCAGAUGACGAAUCUCCAAACGAACCUUUACCUCCAAUUCCUUCGAAUGCAAUAUCGCGUUCACAAAAGACAAUAAAGACAUUCGCAGAACCUUCAUUCAACAUGUUUAAAUAUACAAAUGACAACCUUACUUGGGAUACUCUAUCAGAUAAUAUUGAUUAUUCUAUUCAUAAUCUGAAUUUGGCAGCUCAAGGGAAUAUGAAACAAAAUUAUUCGGAUUGUAUCAACUCUAUCGUUGAGGGUGUCAGAAUCAUGCUCUAUGCUUCUGGUACUGUGGGAAAAGGUUCGAUUGCAAUCAAGCAAAACAAGAUCCUUAAAUGUUAUCAUAGGAAUAUUAUGGCAACACUCUCAAAAUUGGUUAUUUCUACAAAAUUAGCUGCAAAUGUAUGGCCUCCGCCAGAUUCUGCGCAAAAAGUGAAAAAUGAUGCUGAAGAAGUUUUAGGAGCAGUUCGAAAUUUUAUUCAAACGGCACAAAAUAUUGUUGGUAUCAAAAGAGUCGCCGUUCCAAAAUUAAUUGAAAGUGCUACAGGUGGAAAUAAUUUAUUACAAAUACAAACAGAUGUCAAACUAUCAUCGAUUUCCUCAAGUAAAGAUAAUGAUAGCGCCUUAAACCCUCCUGCUAGUCCAUCACAUCCUUUAUCACCCGAUCUUAUCACUGCAUUGGAUAAACAUUCUCGUACUGUAUCUCUGGCUAUUGUGUUACUUCUCAAUUAUGUUAAAAAAGUAAUUGAUACUCCCAAUUCUUCCAUACCAAGUGCAAUAGGUUUUUUUUCACCUCAAUUGAUUUUGCAGACUAAACAAGUCCUUACUCAGGUUGGACAAUUUUUAGCUAUUAUAGAAGAUCUUAAUUUACAAGACUUGAAUGAUUAUAGUUUGGCUACAAUAAAUGAAUUCAAAGUUGCCAAACAAGCGUUAUAUAAUAAUAUAUCAGGUUUGGUUAUGUGUAUUCAAGCAGCUACUGUUCCAUCGUCUUUUCUAAGCGCUAUGGAUCAAGUUUUAGUUUGUACAAACGUUGUGGAUAAAUCUGUUAAAGAUGUUAUGAUUGCUACAAAAUUCCUUGUUGAAGAAAAAGAUACUCUGGAGCAAAUGAGAGUUCAAGGGGUGCGUUCGAGGAGUUCGAGCAAUGUUGAUUCGACAUCAAAAAUACGUCCCUCAAACAACUCUAAUCCUCUUGAUCAAAUUGAUGAGAAUGACACUGCAGACGAUCAAUCUAUUUCAACUUCGAGGCGUCCUAACAAUGUUGAUUCGACAUCAAAAAUACGUCCCUCAAACAAUUCUAAUCCUCCUGAUCAAAUUGGUGAGAAUGACACUGCAGAAGAUCAAUCGAUUUCAACUUUGAGAAGUUCUGGCAAUGUUGAUUCGACAUCAAAAAUACGUCCCUCAAACAAUUCUAAUCCUCUUGAUCAAAUUGGUGAGAAUGACACUGCAGACGAUCAAUCGAUUUCAACAAUUCUCCCGACCUCUAAAUCAACAGGUUUGCAAGCUAUUCCUGAAGGUUGUGUUGAUGAUAGCUCAACAAUUAUUGGUGAAGAUUUUAGCGCCGAUAAUCCAAUUUCACCCACUCCAAGCAAGCGUUCAAUAGCAAGCAGGCUACGUUCUAAUAGUUCAGCAACUGCCGCAUCUUUUAAUUCAUUUUCUUCAUCAACACGUACAAACACUCCUUCAGUUACAAAUACAAACAGUACAGUAGGCACGACGAGCCCUCAAUCAAAGAAACAAAAGGAAGAUAACCCUUGGUUCCUUAAUUAUGAUUAUGAUCCUUCAGAAAUGGUAUUCCAUAUGGAAAAUUGUGUAAAAGGAGGAACUUUAAAUGCAUUGGCUGAAAGAUUAACUAUGCAUGAUAUAUUGGAUUCCAAUUUUAUUGCAACAUUUCUGUUGACAUAUAGAUCUUUCUGUACAACUGAUGACUUCUUUGAUAUGCUAGUUAAAAGAUUUAUGAUCCAACCACCUGAAAAUUUAACCCCUACAGAGUUAGAAAUUUGGCAAGAGAGAAAACAAACACCUAUUAGAUUAAGAGUUUUUAAUAUCAUGAAAUCUUGGUUAGAAAAUUAUUAUAUAGACGAUGAUGAUGCACUUUGUUUAGAAAGAGUGAAGGAAUUUGCAAAUACAACAAUGUAUGAUAAUCUGGCCUUUGCCGCGGUUAGUUUAACGAAAGUGAUUAGUAAAAGACAACAACAACCAAAAGAUGCCGUAUUUAAAGCGAUGGUCAUGACAAAUUCUAAUUUGCCGCCAUCACCAAUUUUGCCAAAACAAAUAAAGAGACUCAAAUUUUUAGAUUUAGACCCGUUGGAAAUUGCUAGACAAUUGACCUUAAUAGAAAGUAAACUAUAUAAUAAAAUUCGACCUAUAGAAUGUCUGGAUAAAGCUUGGAGUAAAGGUGAAGGUGAGAUAGCAGCAAAUAUUAAAUCCAUGAUCGAGAGUAGUAAUAAGAUAACCGGAUGGGUGACCGAAUCAGUUUUAGAUCAAUCAGAGAUUAGGAGGAGAUGUUUAUAUAUCAAACAUUUUGUAGCAAUAGCUGAUAAGUGUAGAAUUUUAAACAAUUUCAACUCACUCACAGCAAUUACUUCCGGGUUGUAUUCUGCUCCGAUUCAUCGGUUGAAACGUACUUGGGAAACCGUAAAUGCGAAAACCGUUCAAACACUUGAUCAUCUUAGUAAAAUUAUGAAUUCAACAAAAAACUUUGCUGAGUAUAGGGAUAUUUUACACAGUAUAAAUCCUCCAUGCGUACCAUUUUUUG